AUGGGGACGGCGGGGCCCGGCUGGGCGGAGACGCUGCGCGGCGCGCGCAAGACCGCGCUCGUCCGGGACGGCCGGCGGAGCGUGCACUACGCGCUGGGCGCGGGCCGGGAGCUGGUGGAGGAGUACGAGGCGGACAGCGGGCGGCUGCUGGCGCGGCGCUGGCGGGAGCGGACGGCGCUGGGGGCCGCGGGCGACUGGGCCGUGGAGGUGGGGGAGCCGCCCGCCGCCCCGCCCGCGCCCCUCAUCCGGGAGAGCGGCUGCAACCCCGUCUUCGCCAGGCAGGACACGCUGAGCAGCUUCCAGUGGCGCAUCCGCAACCUGCCCUACCCGGCGGAGGUGUACAGCGUGGCGGUGGAGCAGCGCUGCUGCGUGGUCCGCACCGCCAACAAGAAGUACUACAAGAAGUUCUCCAUUCCUGACCUGGACCGGUACCAGCUGCCCCUGGACGCUGCUGCGCUGAGUUUCACCCAUGCCAACAACACCCUGAUCAUCACGUACCAGAAGCCGAAGGAGAUCCUGGCUGCGGAGCAGGAGCUGCAGAAGGAGCUGAAGAAGAUCAAAGCGGUGGACGACGGGGAUGGGGACGGGGAGUGCAAGACCCAGUAGGCACCUGCGGGCACCCCCCAGCCCUGCUGUUCGUCCCCCAUCUUUCUCUAAUAAAAGCAGCCUGCUGUGA